AUGGAACAAGAUAGUAACUCGGACGUUGGACCUGAGUUGGAUGCAUCCUCAACCCACCAAAGCACGGCGUCACUAUCUUCAAAAUUGGCCCUGGAUCAAACUGCAAUGAAUGAUAGUCCGUAUGACACGCAAGGCAAUGAGGGUGAAAAAUGUUACCGAUCUACGCGCUUGACAGUAGGACAGUUUUUAAGAAAAGAGCUCAUUGAUGAUUUCCAUCCGUCCUACUUUGUUUCCUUCUUGGGAUGCGGGAUAACAGGUAACAUAUUCUAUGGUUUCCCCUAUAAAGCUCGUUGGUUAGAGAUUUGCGGUAUCAUCCUAUUUUGCAUCACCAUAUUCUUUUUCAUUGUCACAAGUGUUAUGUGUGUACUAAGUUGCUGGUUCUACCCUCGCCGAAUGGCACUAUAUAUUCACGAUUACAGUCAUUCGCUAUAUUUUGCAGUAUACUCAAUGGGAUUUAGCACUAUUAUCAAUGGAGUUAACCUACUAACGCAUGGGAGAUAUCCCAUCUUCCUUUGGGUCUUGUGGUGGAUAGGCGUUGUUCUAGCGGUUAUGAACACAGCAGUCAUUUUCUUCUUUUCAUUUUUGUCAAAAUUCAGUGCUCACAAAAUUGCUGAUAUCAAUGCUAGUAUCUUUAUGCCUGUGGUUUGUUGUUGCGUUGUCUCAUCGCCAGGUCAUCUUAUUGCUCCUGAAUUGGAAACCCGCAAUCAAAAGAUUAUAACUGAAGUUACAGCAUUGAUGUUGUUUUUUAUAUCAAUCAUGUUAUUUCAUGGUGUUGGGGCUAUUUUCAUGGUUAGAUUGAUCCUAUGCAAAAUACCAAGCACGUCACAAAUCUUUACCCAGUUUCUACCGAUUGGUUUCGUUGGUCAAAGUAGUUACAGUAUCAUGUUAUUCGGUAACAAUAUGUACAAUUUUAUCCCUGACGAUGCUUUAGCCAAAGCUUUUUUGGUUCCGUCAGCAUUAGGUGCUUAUCUUCUAUUGGCAGGAGGAUACAUUUACUUAUUCAUUGCUAUAGCAUCGUGCAUGUCAAAAAGCUCUCCGUUUGCCAAGAACCAUGACCCCGAUUGGACAACAAAGAGAUUUGGCUUGAUUAAAUGGAACAAAGGCUGGUGGACAAUGACAUUCCCUGUGGGUACCAUGUCCCUUGCAAAUAGCGAAGUGGCCAAGGGUGUUGCGGGUUACGAUUUUUUAUUUUUUAAGGUAAUGAGUGCGAUAAUAGGCGGCUCAUUAUUCAUUAUAUGCAUUGUAAACUUGAUUGGUUUGAGUUAUUGUAUUUGGGAAAGGUUUUACAAGGCGUUUUUUAUCAAAGAGGAUCAUAUUGAUGUUGUGUGUCAAAAAGUAUAA